GCGAGGCGGAUGAGAAAUAAUGACUACGACUUUUAUGCUUUUUUAAUGUAAUAUUCAUCGAGGAUGAGGAUUCGCUAACUGAGUAAUCAUUAUGGGAUCUUGAUGGAUGGAGCCAACCACGUCGUGUGAGUCUAAAUCAUCAAACUUCGCCACUAGUCCCAUGUGAGACUUGUCUCAAUUUUCUCUCCGCCAUGUAAUUGUAGCUCCCUCUUCAAGAUCAGGAUUUAAUGAUUUUUUUUCACUUUGAAUGAUUUACUGAGUGGUAAAAUAUUUUUUCCGGAAUUUCAUUAUCUUUUGGCUAAUUCAGAUUCAAGACCCACGACAAGUUUCUUCUUAGAUACUGUUAUAGUUUUUACGCAGUAUUUUUAUUCCUCGCUUCUAGAAGGUAGUGCUCGUGGUACUUAGAAAAGAUGGCGGACAAAUUGCUCAAUCUUGUCAGCAGGACGGGCCUUGCAGCUGCAUCGGUCGCAGCAAUACCAUCAUUCUGCUUAUACACUGUCGACGGAGGAGAGCGCGCAGUCAUGUUCAACAGAUUCUCUGUACUCAGCGACGAAUUGCUAUGUUAAGACUUCAAAAGUUCUCUUUCUACGUGUAGUGCGUUAUUGAAUUAGAAGCUAUUAUACGUCACUAGUCCUCCAGGUCCAGCAACAUCGGUGGGUCUAAUUGAUAUUUAAUAUCACAUUCAUUUCGUUUAGAGAGCCAAGCCCUUUCUCACCAUGCCUUCCACCACAGGGUGUUUCGCAAACAACGUCAGGCGAGGGGACACAUUUCAAAGUGCCCUGGUUGAUGGCACCCUAUAUUUACGAUAUCCGAGUGAGACCAAAGCUUAUCCAGACAACAACAGGUAAUCAAAGUAGAGUCACAUUUAACUUGAAGGGCGUUGUGAUAUAAUGAUGUCUCUACCGUGUACCCCUAGCUGCACUUACAGGAAUAUAUAAUUAUGUCAGCAAGGAUUUCCGACUAAUAGAUAUGACCUAAGAUGAAGAUUCUGAUCCACGGUGACAUGUUUUUACACUUUUCUAGCAAACGCGAGCUGUAAAAUUUUUACGUGACAACAGGAACAAAGGACUUGCAGACAGUGACGAUACAUUGUCGUCUUCUUUUCAAGCCAGACAUAGAGGCACUCCCUUCAUUACACAAGCGGUUGGGGUCUGAAUAUGACGAGAGGGUGCUUCCAUCGAUCGGAAACGAAGUCUUGAAAGCUGUCGUCGCACAGUACAAUUGACUUACCUCUUUGUAAGUUUGUUCUAGGAAGUUUGUCUUUAAGGCUGAAAUUAUAGUGAAUAAGUAGUACCAUAACGCGUCCCUGAUUUGAAUGAUCUGCGCCAGUGUUGAGAAAUGUAACCGUCUGCAUGCAAUGUCAUGUUCAUUAUGUCAUAUUUAUAAUAAAUAUGAAUACAUCAUUGCAAUUAGAAUCAGUAGGUUGCUUUGUUAAUAAGGAGAUGAAGUCGAAGUGCGAAGAUCUUCAUUAUGAUUAUCUUCCGCAGCUACAACACGACGAAAACGUCUACAUCCCAUCAAGGUACAAUGCCGAGCAGCUUCUCACACAGCGAGAGCGAGUGUCACAGGAAGUAAGGGAUACGAUAGUUCAGCGAGCAAAGCAGUUUCAUAUUUUGUUGGAGGACGUCUCAAUUAUUCACCUCAAGUAUGGAAACGAGUUUGCGAGGGCAAUUGAGGAAAAGCAGGUUGCAGAGCAAGAGGCAGAACGACAAAAGUUUAUCGUGCAGAUGGCAGGUAGAAAUCUUAGACCUGAUCGACAGGCGACCCAUCAACCACACUACUUUCAUUAAUAUAGAAUAUGAUAUUGUUCAUGUUAUUCAUCAUGGGACAAGAGCAAGACUGUCAUUUUUGUUCGGUUGAUUUUGCAAAAGAAAAAUAUUAGAGGAGACGCAGGAAUCGACGAGGAACGAUUGAUUUUUUCACCUUUUCAACAGAGCAAGAGAGGCAGGCGACGGUUAUCAGAUCCGAAGGUGAGGCAGAGGCAGCGACACUUAUUAGCGAAGCGCUGAAGGAGCACGGUAUAUACACAUUUGCGUUUGAUUCUACAUGUUGUCGUUGACAUUGUCAAACAAGUACGACUCAAAUACUUUCUUCACGUCGAAUAAAUCUUUUAGUUAUGUACAACCUCCUGUAUCUAUUAAUAUAGUGUGUGCGAAGCCACAUCUUCUUUCAUGACAAAAUUGCGCCUCCUAAACUGCAAACCCAAAUCACUGGCUUUAGGUACCGGUCUGAUCGAUAUGAGGAGGAUCGAUGCUGCGAAGGACAUUGCGGAAUUGCUGUCCAAGUCGAGUAAUAUAAUGUACAUGCCAGGCGGGCAAAACAUGCUUCUGAACAUGAACGCCCGUGGCUGAAGAAGGAGACCUCGAGAAAGAUUAUCGAGAUGAUGAUCAAUGAUCAUGAUGUAACAAAUUAUUUCCUUAUGUUUGCUCUUCUACCUGUGAUCAUGAAGGAUCAUAACGGAGACGCACACAUGACAUUAUUUGCUCUUCUACCUUUAGUUCCCAAAGUACCAAUUUGCGUUUGGAUUUGAGAUAAUCUUAGAUCGAGCUCUUCUUGAUGAAUUUGGUUUUGUUGCCGCCAGUUUGAUGCAGCAAGAUAAAGCGAAUUUUCCGACAUUCUUCUGGGACGAACGCAGAGGCCUCCGAACCACGCGCCUAGAGAAGUACAGGGGGUUCACUGUCACGCGCGGCGAGGCCUGGUCCUGCAUGAUGAACCUGACCUUUUUUUCAGGGUCAGCUUCGUUCUGGUUCUGUGUGCCCGUCCAAUAAUUUCUUGAUCUAAUAUUUUUUCAUAAGGCAAGCAGGCGCAGGGCUUGAUGAGCUUGUAGAUGUAGUUUCAGCAGGAGGCUGCAGCUUCAAGAUCAAAUUUGAUGAAAGUUUUCACCACGCAUUGAAGGUGAAGGGUAACCCCCUAUUUUUGGAAGUCUAGCAUGCCACUCGCGGUCCAGAUUCCAUUCAAAAACAAAGGCAAUUUGUUCUUCAUAAUAUUACCCACGCUUCACAUAUGACAAUCAGUUACAUCAUAGACUUGAACAUAUUUUCUUCUUCGCGCACCGUAACGAAUGUUGCGAUGAUGUCAUGGCCAUACCUCAUGAUUUGGCUAAGCAAAUAUAGAUAUACGGAGCUGCCUUUGUCGUCGCUUCUGUGUUUUGCAUUUUAUGCAACUGUAGGCGCACUUUCUUCUGGUGCAGAAUUCAAU